AUGGGGAGAAAAUGGACAUACUCUGUUGUUUACGCCAUCAUCCAGAUGCAGUUUUUCAGGGGAGUAUGGGAAGAGCUAUUCAAUCCCAGAGAUAAUGUGUAUGCUCUACCUGGUUCUGAUGUCAACUUGACCUGCCAAACAAAGGAGAAAGACUUCUUGGUACAGAUGCAGUGGUCCAAGGUCACAAAUAAGACUGACUUGAUUGCUGUUUAUCAUCCCCAAUAUGGCUUCUACUGUAAGCAGGGGCAUGACUGUGAGUCACAAGUGGCUGCCAUAAAAAUUCUGAAGGGGGUAACACAUUGGAUUCUAUACUUAAGGAAUAUUUCUUCCACCCUCAGUGGAAAGUAUGAGUGCAUCUUUACUCUGUAUCCAGAAGGCAUCCAGACUACAGUCUACAACCUCAUUGUGGAGCCCUAUACACAAGAUGAACACAACCAUACAAUAGAAAUAGAGACGAAUCAGGCUCUGGAAAUACCAUGCUUUCAAAAUACCUCCUCAGAAAUUUCACCUAGGUUCACCUUUUCAUGGUUGGUGGAGAAAGAUGGAGAAGAAGAAGUUCUCUUCACCCACGAUCACAUCAGCAAUUCUACAUCAUUUAAAGGCAGAGUCCAGCUGGGUGCAGACUAUGAACUCCACCUCUCCCCAGUCCAAAUACAUGAUAGUGGCAGCACAUUCUCUUGUCGUCUGAGUGUCAGUCCUUUUAAAUUUUGGAAGAUGUCCACCACAGUCAAGGUUUUUGCUAAGCCAGAAAUCCUCAUGACUGUGGGAAACAACACCACGGAUGUCUUAGGAGAGAACCUCUUGCAGAUACUUGGAGCCAGUGAUUCUGAGUAA